AUGGCUACCACCCAUCACUGGCUACCACCCAUCACUGGCUACCACCCAUCCCUGGCUACCACCAAUCACUGGCUACCACCCAUCACUAGCUACCGCCCAUCACUGGUUACCACCCAUCCCUGGCUACCUACAAUCACUGGCUACCACCCAGCACUAGCUACCACCCAUCACUGGUUACCACCCAUCACUGGCUACCACCCAUCAAUGGCUACCACCCAUCACUGGCUACCACCCAUCACUGGCUACCACCGAUCACUAGCUGACACUGAUCACUGGCUACCACCCAACACGGACUACCACCCAUCACUGGCUACCACCCAUCACUGGCUACCACCCAUCACUGGCUACCACCUAUCACUGGCUACCACCCAUCACUGGCUACCACCCAUCACUGGCUACCAGCCGUCACUGGCUACCAUCCAUCACUGGCUACCACCCAUCACUGGCUACCACCCAUCACUGGCUACCACCCAUCACUAG